AUGGCUUCCAUGAUGGAUGCCAUGCUAGGAAUGAAACAACUUAUGGAGAGUAACGCGGCCACCGUCGCCGCUAUUAGUUCGGCUGCCGAGGCAGACCCGACUCUUCUGACUGCUGCGCACCACCUUAUUCCAAAUAUUGUGGGACGAGAGAGAAGCAUGUCGAGGCACGUCAGCAACCCCCAUCCGGGUUACAACCGAGGAACUUACCCCUACGGUUUACCACCUAAUUACACACCACCAGCCGUACAUGACGAUGUGGGUCAUGUUCCUCCCCUCAUCCUCGAAGGGGAGCCUCCUCGACAUCCUGACGGGGUCCAAGAGAAUCCUCGAGAGCAUGCUCAGGGGGAUGUCGACUCUUACUUUCCUGCUAAGGGGCCAGCGCCCAACACAUUACCUCAACCCAACAUCACGAGAGAACCUCGAAGCCACCUAACGCAACCAAUAUUUCUGUCCGUGGGAGGGCCACCCCUGGCAGCAGAAGGAAAGGGGAAACUCGAUCUCAUCGAAGAGAGAUUGAGGGCUGUCGAGGGAUUCGGCGAUUAUCCAUUCGCGGACAUGACCGACCUUUGCUUGGUGCCGGACGUCGUCAUCCCUCUGAAGUUCAAGAUGGGAGCAUAUUCCAGGGACGAGAAGUUAUUGAUGCAUUUCUUUCAAGAUAGCUUGGCUGGGGCAGCAGUCAUCUGGUACACUAAUCUAGAGGCUUCCCGCAUUUGCACCUGGAAGGAUCUGAUUACCGCCUUCCUUAGGCAGUAUCAGUACAACUUUUACAUGGCUCCCGACCGGACUCAGCUGCAAAACAUGGUUAAACGGGAACAUAAGUCUUUUAAAGAAUAUGCUCGGCAUUGGAGGGACCUAGCAGCGCAAGUAGCCCCUCCCAUGGUCGAGAGGGAAAUGGUUACUAUGAUGGUGGAUACCUUGCCUGUAUUUUACUAUGAGAAGUUAGUAGGCUACAUGCCCUCUAGCUUCGCGGACUUGGUUUUCAUCGGAGAAAGGAUUGAGGUGGGUUUAAAGAGGGGAAAGUUUGAUUACGUCUCCCCGGUAGGUGCCAGCGGUAGGAGGACCGGAAUGGCUGGGGCAAAGAAGAAAGAGGGAGAUGCCCAUAUCGUCACUUCAACACCUGCGUGGCCCAAGCCGCCACAAACUCCCCAUGGUACCCACCAAUAUGCACAACAUCAUCCGAGUUUUUCGGCUUGCACUGGGGGCUCUUCCGACACAGCGCUCGCCCAACCAAGGGUGCCCACACCCCCACAAGGGGGGGCUCCUCAAGCUUUGGCUCCAACCCGGCCUCAGCCAGCCAAAAAUGCCCACUUUGGCUCGGGCCCCAACACGGCAAGAAACUUCUCUCCAAGGCAAGCUCAGAUUUUCGCCCCGAUCCCAAUGAUGUAUGGGGAUCUCUUACCGUCUCUCAUCGCCAACCAAUUGGUCAUGGUGAUUCCAGGAAAGUUCCCCCAGCCUCCAUUCCCAAAGUGGUAUAACCCUAGCGCAACCUGCGCGUACCAUGGGGGAGCCUCGGCCACUCAGUCGAGCAGUGCUUGGCCUUGA